CCUUUCUUUCGAUUCAAUAGAAGAAAAGAAGCAAAAUGUCUACUUUUUCUUCAAAUCCAAGAAUCAACCUACAAGGAAGCAAGAUCCACAUCCAUGGAGCAAUUAUCGAAGAAAUUGAAGGACUCAUUAGAGUUUACAAAGAUGGAUAUAUUGAAAGGCCUCAAAUGAUUGCUAAUGUGCCCUGCAAUACCAUUCAAGAAGUUAGUGUGGCCUCAAAAGAUAUUAUUAUCAAUCAACACACUAACUUAUGGUCACGUCUUUACAUUCCAAGCUAUUCUUUUUCAGGCAAGUUUCCUGUUCUUCUUUACUUCCAUGGCGGCGGUUUCUGCCUUGGCUCAGCUUCUUGGAGCUGUUACGAUGAGUUUUUAGCAAAUCUUUCUUGGAAAGCAGGUUGCAUAAUUGUUUCUUUAAAUUACCGCUUAGCCCCUGAACAUCGACUUCCUGCUGCUUAUGAAGAUGGUUUCAACACCCUUAUUUGGUUAAAACAACAAGCUUGGAAUGACUCUCCUGAGCAUAAAUGGUGGUUAAAUUAUUGUAAUUUUAAUAGGUUGUUUCUGGGUGGUGACAGUGCUGGUGCUAAUAUUGCUUAUAAUGUAGCUAUAAGGCUAGGAUCCAGCACAAAUAUUAACAUCAUCAAGCCAUUUUGUCUGAGGGGGGUUAUCCUGGUCCAACCUUUUUUUGGAGGAGAAGAGCAAAGCUUAUUUGAAAAAAAUGUUACAACUCAAUUAGAAUCUAAUUCUGCAUUAACUGUAUCAGCUUCUGAUACUUAUUGGCGAUUAUCGCUGCCUGUAGGGGCUAAUCGCGAUCAUCCAUGGUGCAAUCCUGUCGCGAUUAGUGCUAAUAAACUGCGCAAUUUGAAUCUUCCAUCAACAAUGGUUUGUGUAUCAGAAAUGGAUAUACUCAAGGAAAGAAACUUGGAGUUUUGUAGAGUAUUGGCUAGUGUUGGUAAGAAAGUGGAAAAGGUUGUUUAUAGAGGAGUUGGACAUGCAUUUCAAAUUCUGCAUAAUUCUCAGUUUUCUGAAGUUAGGACACAAGAAUUGAUGGCUGAUAUCAAGUCUUUCAUCAACAAAUAGUGCAAUAUAUUUCUGAUGUCUCCAUGUUUGAGACUUUGUUCAAUUUUUCUCGAGCAGUCUUUCACUUAGCUUUUUGUAAAAUUGUUAUAUGUCUACCUUAUUGCACAAU